AUGGUCGGUCUUCCACUUCCAGUCUAUGACCAGUUUCUUUGCCGUGGUAAUCGUAGCGGGACAUCGGGAUCGGGACUAGUCACGCUGCAUGCCUCGACUGCGAAGCGCGCUCUACCGCUUUUCCCGAUUUUCCGCGAUAGUCGGGCACCGUCGCGAUUUAUUCAGCUCUUAGUUCCGCAACUUUCGCUGGGAAUCUUUCGAGAGGCAAAAAACCGAAACACAUCCAUAGGUUUGAAGAUUCCGAUAAGCAGCACAAAUUACUGGUUCCGGAAAAAUUGUCAACUUCGAUGUUCAUGCGUACUGCAUUUGCACAUAAUUUGA